GGCUACACAGAGAAGGAGGAAGAGCAUCAUUUCAUCGACUCCACCAUGAAGCUGCUGGCUGUCUGCGCUCUGGUCUGUGCCGUAGUGGCUCUGAGUCAUGCUAAUCACACGUCAGGAGCAGCAGCACCAGCUGUCUGUCAGUGCCCCACUGCCCCACCUGAACAAGCCCAAGUACCUCCAGAGGAAGGAGACGGACCCGCUUUCGCCAGGCCCCCAUCUAAUUUGACUCCGAUUGGUCAGCAAUUCUUCUACUUCAAUAGUGAACUUCUGAGGUGGCAUGAUGCUGAGCGUCACUGUGCCAGCCAGGGUGGACAUCUGGCCUCUGUGAGUUCAAAGAGGCAAUACAACCAAAUUAGAAAGAUGAUCAAGAAAAAAGAUGACUGGGAACCUAUCGCUUGGAUUGGAGGCACAGACGAACACAAUGAGGGUCGUUGGAAGUGGACUGAUGGUUCCCCUUUCAAAUUCAAAAACUGGUGCUUUGGGGAGCCGAGUAAUAUGAACAAUCAGGACUGUCUGCAAAUGAAUUACAGCGGUCAAAAAUGCUGGGAUGACGGUGCGUGUUGGGUUGCACGCCCCUCGGUCUGUGCUUUCAACAAUACUGUGCAGAUCUGAUGCAGAGGCCUGAUGUCUUUGUUUUUGCACAGUCAACACCGCUUCUGCCAUCAUUUUCAUAGAAUCUGAGCACGCUCUUCAUUCUUUUGUUGUAAUGCUAAAUAAGAAACAAUAUGAAAAGUGGCACAAACAGGAGCUGGGUUGUCCCACCGUUCCUGGAAUAAGCGCCACUUGCCACUUUUUAACUGCUUUUCGUCACUGUUUCUGCCUAUUUUGCCACAUUUGUUUCCACAUGUGUUGAUACAUAAAACCCAGUAUUGCCAUGUUUAGCCAAUUUUGCUGCUUUUAACCCUGUUCGUUACUUUAGCCACCCAUUUUUUCCACUUGUAAAUGUUUUAACCACUUUUCGCCAUUUUUUUUCCACACAUUUUUGCCACUUAAAUCCCUUUUUGGGAAACUUUUUAACCCAUUUCUACAGCUUUUUAACUGCUUUUCACCAUCAUUACCACUGUUUUUGCCAUAUUUUUUCUUACUUAACCUGUAAUUGCUGCUUGUGUCUUUUACGCCUCUUUUAAUCUCUUUUUUUGCCAUUUUUAACCAACGUGUGCCACUCUUUAACCACUUUUCACCACUUAUUCUGCCAAUGUUUGCCACUUUUUGCCAAUUUUGACUACUUUUAACCCUGCUCCUGGCUUAAGCUGCCAUAUUUUGCCACCUUUUAACUGCUUUUUGCCAUUUGAAUUCUCCUUUUUUACAUUUUUACCCAUUUUGCCAUGUUUAUCAAUUUUUGCUAAUUUUUUGCUGCCUUUUCCAUUUUUUCCACCUAUUAUUGCCACUUUUCACCAUAUUAAUUAUCCAUGAUGCCAGUUUAACCCAUUUUUUUUCUUCACUUUAAAGACCCUGUAAAGUGAAAAUAAAUUUGUAUUUAGGUUUAUUGUAUAACAGCUUACAGUAUAAUGAACCCCUAAAUCAAAUUUCAUUCAAACAAAACAUCUCUGAGUCUGUGAAAUUAAGCUAAGAAAUCUGCCCCAGGAUUAUGUGGGUGUGUCUGUUGCAUAAGUUGGAGCCACGCCCCCUUGGGAGAAAUACAAUCUUCUCAGAUUUAGAAAAUGUGAAUCUGAAUGUUGACCUUAUGAUCAGAGUGAUGCUGCCUGGCUCUGGGCCACAGAAGAUACAAAGUCCGUUUUCUGGCUCAAAUCUCUGUUAUGAUAACCUUUCAAAGCAGAUGGAUACGCCCGUUUCCGUGUUUCUCUCUGGCGAAUCCAUCUUGCAAAGCUCCCAUCUGAACCAUUUG